CUGAGGAGGUGGCAGUCGCUGUGAAAGCCAUCCACCCCUCACACCUGCACGCACACGCAUACAUACACGUCCCACCCCCCGCACACCCACAUAGUCACUUUCUCUUAUUAGUUCCCGCACACUCGGCCGGAUGGACGCCAUAGGGAGCCCCUUCAGGAGAGUUAUGGACAGCAGGACGAGCAGCUACGGCUACAGCCGCUCCGCAGGCACCCCCUCCACCAUUGGAUUCCGCUCCCAGACGUGGUCUCGGGCCAGCCCCGGUUCUAGCGUGAGCGCGACGUACAAGAGGAGCUCGAACAAGCCCCGCGCGGACACUUUCGAGCUGAGUCAAAGUUCCCUCCUGAGCGCGGACUCCUCCAGGCGCUCCAACGAGAAGGAGCAACUCCAAGGGCUCAACGACCGCUUCGCCGUGUACAUCGACAAGGUGCACUACCUGGAGCAGCAGAACAAGCAGGUCGAGGACGAGAUCCAGGCGCUGAGGCACCAGCAGGUGUCCCGCUCGCAGCUGGGCGACCUGUUCGACCAGGAGCUGCAGGAGCUGCGCACCACCCUGGAGCAGAUCCACCGCGACAAGGCGCAGAUCCAGCUCGACAGCGACCAUCUGGAGGACGACAUCCAGAGGCUGAGGGAGCGCCUGGACGACGAAGCCCGGAUCCGGGAGGACACAGAGGCCAUCAUCCGCGUCCUCAAGAAGGACACCGGCGACUCGGAGCUGCACAAGUCCGAGCUGCAGAAGAAAGUGCAGGCGCUGCAGGACGAGAUCGCCUUCAUCCGCAACAACCACGAAGAGGAAGUGAACGAGCUUCUGGGCCACAUCCAGGCGUCUCAGGUGACCGUGGAGAAGAGGGACCCACAGCGGGCCGACAUCACCGAGGCUCUGCGCGAGAUUCGCAGCGAGCUGGAGGGCCACUCCGACCAGAACCUGCAGCAGGUGGAGAGCUGGUUCAUGUGCCACUACGCCAAACUCAACGAGGCGUCCGAGCAGAACAAGGACGCCAUUAAGAGCGCCCGCGACGAGAUCGGCGACUACCGGCGUCAGCUGCAGUCCAAGACGGUGGAACUGGAGUCGGUGCGCGGCACCAGAGACUCCUUGGAGAGGCAGCUGGGCGACAUCGAAGACCGCCACAACAGCGACCUGGCCAGCCUGCAGGAGACGAUCCACCAGCUGGACAAUGAGCUCAAGAGCACCAAAUGGGAGAUGGCGCGCCAUUUACGCGAGUACCAGGACCUGCUCAAUGUCAAGAUGGCGCUGGACAUAGAGAUUGCUGCAUACAGGAAACUCCUGGAGGGUGAGGAGACCCACUUCAGCACAUUCUCCCACCGUCCAGCUGUUUCGUCCUCCAGAAUAUCAAUAUCCAAAACAGAACCUCCCAGGAUGAAGGUGCAACAUAAAUUUGUUGAGGAGAUCAUUGAGGAGACCAGGGUGGAUGAUGACAAGGCCGAUAUGGAGGACGCCUUGGAUCAGAUUGCCCAGGAGCUCUCGGCCACACUAGAAGGCAGGGGAGGCGAGGAGGAAGACGAAGAGGAAGGUGACGAGGAUGCCGAGGUGGAGGAAGAGGAAGUCAUAGCUGCAACCGAUGCUAAAGUUAGUUCGAAAGCACCGGCCAAGGAGGAAGAGGUUGGUGAUGAGAAAGAGGGGGAGGAAGGUGACAAGGAGGAAAAUGAAGAAGAUGGGGAUGAGGGGAAGAAAGGAGAGGAGGAGGCAGGUGACGAUGAGGGGGUAGUAGAGGAAACGGUCCUGUGCUCCAAAUCUCAGGAGUCUAAAGCCACUCCUGAGAAAGUGAAAGCUGGAGAGGAAGAAGAUGAAGAGGGAGAAGAGGAAGCUGCCAAAGAGGAUGAAGACAAAGCAUCCAAAGAUGGAGAUGACGAGGAAGAAAAGGUGGAUGUCGACAAAGACAAAAAAGAUGAGAAGGUAAAGGUUGACAACAUUGUGACAGAAACAAUUGUAGCCAAUGUAGAAGUUCAGAAAACAGAAGCUUCAAAACCUGAAGCCAAAAAAGAAGAAAGUGUUACAACAGCACUGACAAAACCGGAUUCCCUCAAACCUGAAUCCCCAAAAGCUGGUUCCCCAAAGUCUAAAUCCCCAAAAGCUGGUUCCCCAAAGUCUGAAUCCCCCAAAACUGCUUCUCCAAAGUCUCAAUCCCCAAAAGCUGGUUCCCCAAAGUCUGACUCCCCAAAGCCUGGCUCCCCCAAGAUGGAAUCGCCAAAAGCUGUUUCCCCAAAGCCAAGUUCCCCGAAGUCAGAAUCCCCAAAAGCUGGUUCACCCAAGAUAGAAUCCCCCAAACCUCUCUCUCCUAAGUCUGAAUCACCAAAGCCAGGUUCCCCCAAAUCAGAAUCUCCCAAGCCAACACCCCCCAAAGAAGACUCAGCAAAAACUACCCCUCCAAAAGCAGAGUCUCCUAAAUCGGAAGCUCCUAAGCCUGCAUCCCCCAAAGAAGACUCACCCAAGGCUGGCUCCCCCAAGGCAGAGUCCCCUAAAUCAGAAUCUCCCAAGCUCGGAUCCCCCAAGGAAGACUCACCCAAGGCUGGCUCCCCCAAAGCAGAGUCCCCUAAAUCAGAAUCUCCCAAGCCUGGAUCCCCCAAAGAAGACUCACCGAAGGCUAGCUCCCCAAAAGCUGAGUCCCCCAAAUCCAAUUCCGCAAAGCCAGACUCACCAAAGGCUGAAUCUCCUAAUACAGACACGAAAAAACCCGACACAUCCAAGCCUGCCGAAGACAAAAAGAGUGACUCUACAGAAGACAAGAAGAUGAAGGACGCCGCCAUGAAUGGUGACGUGGACAAGACGAGCCCGAAGGAAGAGGAGAAGAAAAAGGGCGACGGAAAUGACGUGAUCAUCAAUGGCGUGGACGAGAGUCCCGUCAAGGACGACGGCAGCCAGAAGGUGGUGAUCACCAAAACGGUGGAGACCAUCACCACGGGGGAGGACGGCUUGCAGCAGGUCACCAAAUCGGUCACGGUUACUGAGACGGUGAAGGAGGUGGAGGAGGUGCUGCAGGAGAAGAUGGUCUCCACCAUCAAGACGGAGAAGCAAUCUAGCCAUUCCAUCAAGCAGGUGACGGAGGGUGACUGAGGAAGUGG